AGGGGGGUGUUCUGGCAUUCUGCUAGUGUUUACUGCAGCAGGUUUGCCUUCGGGUCACCUUUAUUAUGACUGUAGAGAGGACCUGAGGGCGGGAGCGCGCAAUCAUCACGGUCUGUGAUAUUUCUUAGGGACGGAGCAGCUCUUAUAGACUCUCUACUGCGGCGGCGAGCACGGCUUUCCUCUCACACAAAGACUCAAGACUCAGUCUUUUCUGGCUUUGCUUACCUCUGUUACCUCUGGUCGAUAAGCUCCGCAUGAUUUAAACAUCAUUGUUCCAGUUAUGCGUCCCAGAACAACUUUUGCCCUCAUCUUCAGUCAGUUGCUCGCUGCGUAACGAGAAUUCAUUCAUAUUCCGUUUGAACGACGGAUGGCAAUCAUGUUAAUUGCUGUUGGAUGUACCCUGGUUUGCCGUGCUGUUGGAUUAAACGGGGCACGCAGCACGUUCUAAAGUGUCUUGCGACAUGGAGUCGGAUCGAUAAUGAUUUUAGUUGGGCUGUAAUACUGCUCGGACUAAAGGUAAAAGUCUUCGUUUGAGUGGAUCCUGAGAGACUGUGCAGUAACCGCGCGGAUAAAACGCGAGUGGAAUCAAAAGCGCGCGGCUGACAUGGGUUCUGUUAUUUGUGACAAGAGAUUAGCGGGCCUCUUCCUCCUUCAAGCCUCCUCCCUCCUGCUGUUCAGUUCAGGGGAAAGGAUGUGCCCCUAUAGCUGCCGUUGCGAGGGAAAGAUUGUCCAUUGUGAGUCAGCUGGCUUCCAAGACGUCCCGGAAAAUAUUUCAGUUAGUUGUCAAGGUCUAUCCCUGCGUUACAAUGACCUGCACACAAUGCUCCCUUACCAGUUUGCCCAUCUUAACCAGCUACUGUGGCUGUACCUGGACCACAAUCAAAUCAUGUUUGUGGAUAGUCGUGCUUUUCAAGGGGUGCGGCGAUUGAAGGAAUUGAUCUUGAGCUCCAAUAGAAUUUCACAGCUUCAUAAUGUCACUUUUCACGGAGUACCUAACCUACGUAGUCUUGACCUCUCCUACAACAAGUUACAGGAGCUGCAGCCAGGACAGUUUUUUGGUCUUCGAAAACUGCAGAAUCUGCACUUGCGCUCCAACGGGCUGACAACAAUCCCUGUCCGGGCAUUUCUAGAGUGCAGAAGCUUGGAGUUUCUAGACUUGAGCUAUAACCGGCUUCGGGUUCUUACUCGUACAGCAUUCCUGGGUUUGUCUCGACUGAUGGAGCUCCACCUGGAGCAUAAUCAGUUUUCACGAAUAAACUUCUUUCUGUUUCCUCGCCUUGCUAACCUUCGUGCCCUGUAUCUACAAUGGAACCGUAUUCGAGCUGUCAACCAAGGCCUUCCAUGGAGCUGGUACACCUUGCAAAAGCUUGAUAUCUCUGGCAAUGAGAUUCAGGUACUAGAUCAUGUAGUAUUUCAAUGCCUCCCCAAUCUUCAGGUCCUUAACCUAGAGUCUAACAAACUGGCCAAUGUGUCUCAGGAGGUUGUGGCUGCCUGGAUUUCCCUAACAACCAUUAGCCUUGCAGGCAACAUGUGGGAUUGCGGACCAGGCAUUUGUCCUCUUGUUGUUUGGCUCAAGAAUUUCAGAGGCACCAAGGACACUAGUAUAAUCUGCAGCAGUCCUAAGCACCUUCAAGGAGAGAAGGUAAUGGAAGCUUCAAAGACCUACAUUGACUGUGAUGACUACGAAAUUACUGCUCAAUCACCUUUGUAUCUGCAGACCUUUGAUCCAAAUUUUGACCUUGCCCUUGAACCGACUGACUCGACAAUGGCUCCUACAACACCGCCUCCACCCUUGCCUUCACCUGCCUCUGAGGCGCCAUUUCCACCUCCCCAUCCUCAACCACCUCAACGCCCCACCUUCCCCAGCCAUGCAAAUCCAGAUCCCAGAGACUCCCAUCAAUGGACACCCUCAUCAUCUGACAGCCUAUUAGUCACACCAGCUCCUGAGCAAGACAACGUGUCAUUUCACAAAGUGGUGAUGGGUGGGGUGGCACUGUUCUUCUCAGUGUCCCUUGUCUUGUCUGUAAUUUAUCUCUCCUGGAAACGUUACCCUGGUGCCACCCGGCUUUUGCAGCAGAGUACAGUGGGCCGUAAGCGGAGGAAAAAGAGUCAGGAGCCAGAACAGAACCUGAGCUCCCAGCUCCAGGAAUAUUACAUGAGCUACAACCCUGCAGCCACACCAGAAGCCUUGGAGGUGCUGGGCAAUGGGACAGGUACCUGUACCUGCACCAUAUCCGGCUCCCGGGAAUGUGAGAAUGAAUACACAUGUCCCAGACCAUUACCUGGAGCUUGGAUUGGAGACAUACCCACCAUACACUGAAGGGACUGUUUUGUUCCUAAAAAUAAUCCACCGGCGGGUGGAUUUGUGCCUACCUGCAUUUUAUCUGUUGCAUCAAUCUUGUUUCUCAUGAUACCAUUCAUGCUUUCAGUGCUUCUUUAAUGGAUUCUGGUGGAUAGUCUUCAGUCAGACACUGCAAACGGACAUCUGAGAGACAGGUGCAGGUGCAUAUUUUACUAAAACAUUUGGAUGCCUCACUUUGUUCUUUAAUGCACCUGAAUGUGUCAGGUUUAUUUGGGAAGCCUUCGGUGGAACAUACCAAUGAAAGUUAUCCAGCCUUUGAUGAAUCGCCCAGCGUCAUUUGACGUUUGUGUGGACCUGUACAUAAACAACAAACUUUGUUAAUAUACCCUUGGAUUUAAAACAGAACUUGCCCUUUCCUUUGUUAUUUAAUGUAUAUCCUUGGAAAGUUUGUGUAAAAUGACUGAGUUAAAACCUUUAUCUUUGCUGCCUAAUACUGGAUUUGUUAUGCUUAACGUUUCUGCAAACACCUCUGUACAGUUUUAUUUGUAGAGAUUAUCAAGUUUACCUGCCCUUCAUAACAGUAAUAAACUUCAUACUGUUAUACUGCGUUAUUUAAACAAGAGCAGUGAUCUCACUGACUAUGCUAACACUGUUUGAAAUGUUUGAGUGUACAUACAGUAUGUAUUCUCAUUUAAUAGGAGUGUAUAAGGAAAUUUCAAGAUCUGAAUAUAAAAAAAAAUGUUUUAAAUCCUAGUUUAAAGACAAAGUUUUGAUAUUUGUUCAGGUUCCAGCAGCCCCUCUAUCUUCAAAUAUUGCAACUUGAAAGUGUCAUUUAUUUAUAUGCAUUUUAAUUUAAUAAUUAUAUUUUAUAACCAAACUUGAACGCCACCAAGUUCUGUUUUAUAAUGAGAACAUUGUCAAAAUCAAUGGUGAGAAAUAUACAUUUGUCAAAAGGAAAUUAGUAUUGAUCAACUUGUUAAUUUUUUAUGCAUUUAUUAUUACUUUAUUUAACAAUAUGGAUUUUCCUGUAAAAACAAAAAUGGAGUUUAUUUUUCACUAGUUGAACAUUUCAUGUAGCUCACUGGUACAUACCAAUUAAAAUAAACAACUGUAAUGCAGUACA